UAUCUGUACACUUUACAUGUUCAAUUGUUAGUAAUCAAUACCACAUGGGCUAUCGUUUACCACAAGGAAGUAGCAAUCAGAAGUUUAAACAAUUGAUAAAAGAUGAUUUAACAAUAGUGGCUAAAAGUAAAAGAAAUUAAAGAAUUACUUUGAAACAUAGAUCGGAUGGACUAUUAUGCUGUACACAUGUGGUACAUUCAAAGGUUUUUUAAAAUACAUUUGUUAACGUAACUUUUACACCGUGGGACAGUCAGGCCGUUUGUUAUUAAACAUUCGUGAUUUUGAAUAAUUGUGGAACGUUUACUUUUCGGCUUAGAUUGAAGAGCAAAUAUGAAGUUUCUACACAGUCGCACGCACGCAUGCAGUUUGAACAACAUGAAUAAUUUGAUUUGAGCAUAUGCAACGUCCUUGAGAAUGGCAAAGGUCAAAGGUAUAGACGACCUAGCAAAGCUGACUGAUCUUGAAGACCAAGUUAUUCUUCACGAAUUGAAGAAACGGUAUGAACGUAAUAUUAUUUACACAUAUAUUGGAGAUAUUUUGGUAUCUGUAAACCCAUAUGCUUCAUUGAAUAUUUAUGGAGAUCAGAUUGGGCAAGAUUAUGGCAACCUCAAGUUACUUAGUGAUAUGCCACCACAUAUAUAUGCCCUGGCAACAAAGGCGUACAAAUGCUUGAUGAAAUCUGGUGUGAGUCAAUGUAUGUUAGUUAGUGGAGAAUCAGGGGCAGGUAAAACAGAAUCUACCAAGAUGGUUGUGGCUCAGCUUGUCAGAAUCUCAAAGUCAGCCUCUUCAAACUUAGUAGAACAAAUAAAAGAGGUGAAUCCACUUCUUGAAGCUUUUGGUAAUGCACACACAGUGAUGAAUGAUAACUCAAGUCGCUUUGGUAAACUGAUAGAAAUACAAUUUCUGAACACUGGUGUAGUCGUAGGAGCAAAAGUGACAGAACAUAUGUUAGAGAAAAGUCGAUUGGUCCAUACAUCAGACAGGGAGAGAACUUUCCAUAUUUUUUACUGUAUGGUAGCAGGAUUGAAUAAGUAUGAAAGGAAAAGAUAUUUCUUAGCAGACAGACCAGAAUCAUACAGGUUAGUUGACCCUGGUGAUGGUACACCAGUAUUUACCAGUAAUGAAGACUACCAAAGAUAUCAUGAAAUGAUGGUUGAUAUCAAACACACAAUGAAAGCUGUAGGAUUUUCAGAACAGGAUGUAGAUUUGAUUUUAGCCAUUAUGUCUGGCAUCCUACACCUGUGUAACAUAGAGUUUGUCCAGGAACCAGAGUCAGGACAAGUUAUUAUACUCAAUGAAAAUGAGAUUGAUGCAGCUUCAGUAUUACUGUCCUUACAGCCAGAAGAUCUAGUAACAAAGUUGUUGGCCAAUACAGCAUGGGUAAGAGGAGAAAGAAUAGUAAAGUUUAAGUCUGUUCCUGAAGCUAAUGAUGGAAGAGAUGCCUUAGCUAAGACAAUCUACAGUCGAUUAUUCAGUUGGAUGAUACAACAGAUCAACCUCAUGUUACAUGUAGAAUAUGAUACGAGAUACCCUGUAGGAGUAAUAAGUAUCCUUGAUAUGGCUGGGUUUGAGAACUUCCCCAUCAACAGUUUUGAACAGUUGUGUAUAAAUGUAGCCAAUGAACAGAUACAGAAUUAUUUCAACCAAGCUGUGUUCACUGCUGAGAUGGUGGCAUAUGACGAGGAGGGAAUCAAACCACCAAAAAUCAAAUUCACCAAUAACAAAGAAAUAUUAGAUCUAUUUUUACAGAGACCUGUAGGAUUGUUUGCUAUGCUGGAGGAUGACUGUCGUCUGUCCACCUCUAUGGAUAUCAGCUUUGUAGAAAAAUUAAACAGAAACUUUGUGAAGAACAGCUAUUACAAAAAGUCAAAGUCACGAGAUCCAAUCUUCACAAUACUUCACUUUGCUGGACAGGUGACCUACAGAGCUGAAGGAUUUAUAGAGAAGAAUAGAGAAACACUGGGUACAAACUUCCAAAGUCUAAUGGAAAAUAGUCAAAACAGACUCAUUACAGAUCUCUUCACAACACAAUUGUCAGAGGCAGGCACCUUAAAAAAGGGAGAUACUUUACACAGAAACCAGUGGUCUGUCCCAGAAUGGCAGAUGCCAAACAGACCUACUUUGGCUGGAGAAGAAACUUUUUCCAGGCGAGCAGGCAGAGAUUUACAGAGAAGAUUAAAAAACAGUCAACAAGUGGAUAGCAAUACUCCACCAGUAACUACUGCCAGUGCCUACUUCAGGAAUUCCUUAGCCAAGCUGAUGAAGAAGAUGGCUAAAGGAGAGCCACACUUUAUUAGGUGUAUAAAACCAAAUUCUAAUCAAAAUCCACAGCACUUUGAUGAUAAAAUAGUACUCAGUCAGUUAAUAAGUACAGGAGUGGUGGAGACUACACGGAUAAGGAAACUGGGAUAUCCAACCAGGAUGCCUUUUGUAGACUUUAUACAUAGAUAUUCAGUGAUUGCUUUUUUAAGACGUUUGGACGAAAAUGAAACUGGCCCUCGGGUUUGCCAACACAUACUAAAGUGUGCAGGAUUAAAGGGUUGUGAAAUAGGAAAAUCACGGGUAUUUCUUAAAUAUUUCCAUACUGAACAGUUAGACUUGUGUUUGGAAAAUAUAUACGAAGACAUUAUAAAUGUGCAAAAAUGUGCGCGGGGAUAUAUUGCCAGAAAGUUCUAUCAAAGGUUGAAACAGGUUCAACAGCACCAGUACCGAGACCUGGCUGAAUUCAGUAUAUCCUUAAACAGAGACUGUGAUAGAGUUUAUCAUAUGAUGCUUUCUUCAAAUGACCAUGAUCACCACAAGUUUCAAAAACUGGUAGAGGAGAGACAUAUUAGAAGACCACACAGACAAAGAUCUGAGGAGAUUGAAGAAUUUCCUGAUUAUGAAGAACCAUCUUUUAGAAGAUCAGAACCUGACUAUUAUAACCAAUCAUCUAGAGGUCUGAAUAGAGAAUCCAUGUCACAGGGAGGUUCAAGCAGAGAAAAUGUCUACUCCCCAGUUAUACAACAAGAUAUAUCAAACAAGGAAUACUUAUAUCAGAAUCAGAUGAGGCAGAUAUUGGCUAAAUGGAAAGAGAUUCCACACGAUGCUUGGUGUAAGAUAGUGUACAUGGAGUACGCCAAGCCUGUAGCUAAAUUCUACAUCGUGGACAGGGAUGUUAUGAUUGAUGGCACAUAUGAGAGUUUUGAAGGUGAAAAAAUUGGACUUGGUGCUUUUAGAAAUCCUGAUAGAGAUGCAAGAACAGAAGAAAUAAGGAGUUAUAUAGGAAAGGGAAUAAUUUUAAGAAAGGAGGAGGAUGGAGGGAUACUAGCAAGGCAGAUUGGUAAAAACAGUUGUAUAGUCAAAGACUUUAAACAACCACACAAUUACUGUUUCUCAGAAGACGUGAUAGAAAAAGAAGGACAAAUACCAAAAGAUGAAUUUAUGAAGAUAUUUGAUGUAAAUCAGUUGCAUAGUCACAUGGGACUGGCUCUGGAAGCAACAAAGACAUCAUCAGAUACCAGAUCAUUACUCUACAGGGCACCAGGUUUACAGCUGCGAACCAUAGUUGGCAUCAGUCUUCUAGAGGACCAUGAGGAUAUUAGCCAAACCCCAUGUUGGCUGUUGGUCAUUAAUCUAGAAGCUCUAAGGGCAUUAGAUGAUCAAGAUGCGGCUAACCAUGUGCUACAGAAGAUAGCCCAGAUGAAGAUCAGGUCUGAAGAAGAGGUUGAAGCUGAAGAAAAUACAAAUGAAAUAAUACACAGACAUAAAGGAAGAGAAUGGUCAAAACAUAAACAAAGAGAUGAAAAAAGUAGUAAAGCUCCACUAAGAAAGACGAGGAUAGAAUUACGACAGAAAGGUCUGGACAUUAAAGAAUUCAUGCCUUAUAGCUGGGAUGAUCCAUCAAAGGCUAAGAAGAAACACAAGACUUUCAAUGAGUUACAGGAAGAGCUUGAUAAUUUUGAUGAUGAGCCUGAGUCAGUUAUAGGUGGCUAUAGAGCUAGCAGAAAUACAGGUAAACAUGGUACAGGUAGUGUUGUGAGUAGUCUGGCCUGGGGUAAAUCACCAGUGAGGAAGGAUUGGGCUAAAAUUAAAGUUUCAAUUAGAGAGGAGGAGGUGGAAAAAGAGGAGGAUUGAUUGACAUGUUUUUAUAUGCAAAACCAAAUUUGCAAUAAUAAGAGACAUAUAUUUAUUGUGGAUCCUUUGUUAUUCAUAGGAAAUGAGUGUUUAUUGAUUUUGUGGUGAACCACAGAUAAUGAAGUACAAAUUUGCAAUAGGCUUGUUUGCAAACCUGGGCAAAUCAUGAAAUCCAAUAUCAACGAAAAAUACAAUUUUUCCACAAAAUUGGUACCCACGAUGAUCGAUGAAUCCACCGUAAAUGGAGAAGCUACUUGUCCAAAGGACUAGCAUAUCAGCCAUGAUUAUGUUGCCAUUUUAAAAAAGAGGCGAGUGUAAUUUGUAUUGCUUUAAUACUUAACAGUAACAUUUUAAUCAAAGAUAUUUUUAAAGAAAUCUAUAAACAAUGAUACAUUUGUAAUAAUUCAUACAAGUAAUAUUUUAAUAUUUUUUACAAUCAGCAUUGAUUUUUCUAUUUUUAAAUUCAUCUUUUAUUUUUUAUGCAAAUUCAAAAUGUCAGUAGAUUUUGAAAUUGCUGAAAUCUUGAGAAUUUUGACAGUUUAACUCUAACAUUGUGUGAAGUUUUAAAGAGGACACUUGAAUAUGAGGUUCAUGAAAAGAUAUUCACAUGUGCAAUGUUUUUAUGAAUUUGUAUUUCGUAUAAUAAUAUUUUGAAACUUUCUAACUUAGUUUUAAUAUAACAUCUUAUAGAAUGGAAUUGUACUAUUUAUAAU